GAUCCCUCCCCACUAACACUGCCGGACAAAGAACGGAGACGCGGUGGAACAACCCGUGGAGGCUGAGGCAGAGGACGUGUGGCGCGGGCUGCAGCAGGAUGCGGCGUGGCCGGUGGUGGUCGCCGGCUAAAGGGGCUCCCCGGACUGCGGCGCUGCCGCCGCCAGUGAGAGCGGCGUCGUUAGGGCGAGGAGCCUGACGGACGAUGACCUGGAGGAGCUCAAGUGGUGUGUGGAUCUAGGGUUCGGCUUCAACUACAACGAGAUCCUUGAGCUCUGCGGCACGCUCCCCGCGCUCGAGCUCUGCUACUCCAUGAGGCAGCGCUUCCUGGAUGAGCACGAGCAGCUAAGCAAGGCAAAGGAGGCUCCAGCGAUAGCUCCGGCCUCGCUGGCGCAGCGCGUCACCACCAACCGCAAGAUCUCUAGUCCUGGGGACAGCCCAGAUGAGGUGAAGGCGAGGAUUAGGUACUGGCGCAGGCAGUGGCGUGCACCGUUAGGCUGUGCAGCUGAUCUAUUUCAUCAUCAGUCUUGCAAACGCACGAAGACGAAGAAGGGAACUCAUAUCGCUGGAUCCAGAGCAUCUGCUAAAAUUACAGGGAUCGCGGCAGGCACCUCAAUGAUCAUCAGUCAUACAAGUUUUGCCCAGAAAUCGCACUGCAUCGUCAUUGUCAUCAUGCUGAUCACAAGCAUACGAGCACAUCAUAUUGUUGACCAUUUGAUCUCGUUAACGUCGCUCCGAAAUUUUGCCAUUUUUUUUGGAAGCAAGGAGGAUGGGAGAUGAAGAUGUUCAAACGGCCAAGUCUGAUGUUCAAACGGCCAAGUCUGAUGUUCUACUCACAUAUGAAUCCUUGAUCCAUCACAGUAUUGGUUCAUGUAAAAAAAAUAUGUACGGAGUAUAAUGUAGAUUCAAUCAGAAAUAAUAGCAUUUCAUGCUUAGCUGUAUGUUCUUUUC